AAAAUAAAAAGGAGAGGAUGUUGUGAAUCCAUUUUAAUUUGUGGAGGGAAAUGGACGUGGGUGUGUGGAUGUCUCCGCAGGGAGGGAAAUGGUGGAAGGCAUCCAACAGUAAUAAUGAUAAUAUCUAUAAGGGUCGGCCCGCCGUUAUUCUGCCGGGCUUAGGGAACAACUCCGGUGACUACGACAAGUUGAAGCAAACGCUGAAUGACAAGUACGGCGUGCGCACAGUGGUGGCCAAGGUUUCGAGGCUCGAUUGGCUCCGCAAUGCUGCUGGUUUGGUGGACCCCAAUUACUGGCGCGGCACUCUCAGACCGAGGCCUGUCCUGGAUUGGUAUUUCGGAAGGGUUCAACAUGCUGUUCAAGAGGCUAAGGACUUGGCACAAGCACCAGGUGCAACAAAUGUAUCAUUGAUUGGGCACUCGGCAGGAGGAUGGCUUGCGCGUGUCUAUAUGCGUGAAUUUGGGCUCUCCCAUAUAUCCCUGUUAUUGACUCUUGGAACCCCUCACCUCCCACCUCCUAAAGGCGUGCCGGGGGUUAUUGAUCAAACGCGGGGUCUCCUUGAUUAUGUUGAAAAAUAUUGCCCUAAAGCUGUCUACACCCCUCAACUCAAGUAUGUAUGUAUAGCAGGAAGGUAUAUUGAAGGUGCUCGGCUUUUUGACAACUCAAAUCCAAAUAUUGAGGCUCUAGUUCCUGCUAAUGCUUCUCAGCUAGCUCCUGACGCUGCUAUUACGAACACUGCCACCGCUUCUCCCCCUAACACAACAUUACGUGCUCGCUUUGUAGGCCAAGGAUACAAGCAGGUUUGUGGGCAAGCAGAUGUAUGGGGCGAUGGUGUUGUGCCAGAAGUAUCAGCCCAUCUUGAGGGUGCACUUAACAUUUGCUUGGAUGGAGUUUAUCACUCCCCAGUUGGUUCCGAUGAUGCAACGAGACCAUGGUAUGGUUCACCAGAUGUGUUGGAGCAAUGGGUACAACACCUCCUUAAUUAACUUGGAAGUUUUUACAACACUUCAUCCAAGUAAUGUCAUUUUAUUAGUAUGCCACUGAUAAAAUGAUCUUUAUUUUUUCUUUCUAUAUGUAUUUGUGGCAUUGGAUUUGAUGAUCUAUACUUCAGACUCGUACAAUAUCCAAAUCAUUUUUCCUUU